CACACGAAAGCUGACUUCCGGCGUGGUCUUUCGCGGCGUCUCGGCGGCCGGGCGCGCUAGCUAUGCGGCAGAAGCAUUACCUUGAAGCGGCGGCUCGCGGCCUGGUGGAAAGCUGCCCUGGCCAGGCCCGCUACCUCCUCUGGGCCUACAAUUCGACACACGAGGAAAACAGCACUUUUGAAGAAACAUGUCCACACUGCUUCCAGUUGUUGGUUCUGGAUAACUCUAGAGUGCGCCUCAAACCCAAGGCCAAAAUGACACCCAAGAUACAGAAACUCCUUAAUCGAGAAGCAAGAAAUUAUACACUCAGUUUUAAAGAAGCAAAGCUGUUGAGAAAGUACAAAGACUCCACAAGUGUUCUGCUGGUUACCUGUAGAACAUGCAACAAAACAGUGAAACACCAUGGCAAGAGUAGAAGCUUCCUGUCAGCACUGAAGAGCAACGCAACCACUGCUACAAACAAAGCCAACCUGAAAACACCAAAGAGAAAUACCCCAGGCUUCACGCACCCAAGUCAUAAGAUGUCUGAUUCCAAAGGCAAAAGCCCCUCUUUGACUUUCAGAACACCUGCAUCUGGACAGUCAACACCCAUCUGCUCCUCAAGGAGUGGGAGCAAAAGAAAGAAACACUUCUCUCAACUAAAAGCGCUGCUUAGUCAGAGUGCAUCUGAGAAGAACCCGAAGCUGGACUUCAGGCACUUCUUAUCUUCUCUGUGAAGAGAACGGCCUUUGAAAAGGACUGCCCAGUGCAGGUUCUCAGACUCGAGUUCGUUAACAGCUUUUGUCUUCUCUUGGAUUUUUGAGCACAUGGAGACUUGGUCCAAAAACAAGCUCUUGGCAUCCUUUGGUGCUUAUGCAGAAAAUGCCUCAUUAAUCAAGUGACUGGGACUCCCCUGGUAAAUGUGAAGAUGAAAUACAAAAGAGCAGACCAGAGAGAUGGCUCAAGGGUAAAGACACUGGGGCCAUGCCUGACAUACAAGGCAGAGAGAACCCACGCUACCAGUUGUUUCUGACAUGCAUAUGAGUGCCCCCCCAUAUACAAAGAGUCAAUGUAAUAAAGGGUUGAGGGUUUAAGAAACUAUUGACAGUUCUUACAAUAAAGGUAUAGUGGAUUUUGAA